CGGAGCCGGCCUGCGCCUCCCUCGCCUCCGGCGGGCCUCGGAGAGAGGGUUGAAAGAUGUCUAUGGAUGUGACCUUUCUUGGGACAGGAGCAGCAUAUCCAUCCCCAACCCGGGGUGCCUCCGCUGUGGUUCUUCGGUGUGAGGGCGAGUGCUGGCUCUUUGACUGUGGGGAGGGAACACAGACACAGCUUAUGAAAAGCCAACUUAAAGCAGGGAGAAUUACCAAGAUCUUCAUCACACAUCUUCAUGGAGACCACUUCUUCGGCCUUCCGGGCCUCCUCUGUACGAUCAGCCUACAGAGUGGCUCUGUGGUCACAAGGCAGCCUAUUGAGAUCUAUGGCCCUGUAGGGCUUCGGGACUUUAUCUGGAGAACCAUGGAGCUCUCCCAUACAGAGCUGGUUUUUCCUUAUGUGGUCCAUGAGAUAGUGCCUACAGCUGAUCAGUGUCCUGUGGAAGAACUAAAGGAAUUUUCACAUGUGAAUGAAGCAGACAGCCCUCCCAAAGGACAGGGACGAACUAUCUUGUUAGACACAGAAGAAAACUCCUACUGUCUGGUUGAUGAUGAGCAGUUUGUUGUAAAAGCAUUUCGCCUCUUUCACAGAAUUCCAUCCUUUGGUUUUUCAAUUGUGGAAAAGAAACGUGCAGGUAAACUCAAUGCACAGAAGCUGAAAGACCUCGGUGUGCCCCCAGGUCCUGCCUAUGGGAAGCUGAAAAAUGGAAUUUCUGUUGUUUUGGAUAAUGGAGUUACAAUUUCUCCCCAAGAUGUCUUAAAAAAGCCUAUGGUUGGAAGAAAAAUCUGCAUAUUGGGUGACUGUUGCGGGGUUGUGGGUGAUGGAGGAGUGAAGCUGUGCUUUGAAGCAGACCUGUUGAUCCACGAGGCAACUCUGGAUGAUUCUCAGAUGGACAAAGCAAAAGAGCAUGGCCACAGCACACCCCAGAUGGCAGCAACAUUCGCGAAGCUGUGCCGUGCAAAGAGGCUGGUCCUGACUCACUUCAGCCAGCGGUACAAACCGAUCGCCUUGGCUAGAGAAGGAGAGACAGAUGGCAUUGCAGAGCUGAAAAGGCAAGCCGAGUCAGUGUUAGAUCUCCAAGAAGUGACGCUGGCGGAAGACUUUAUGGUGAUUGGCAUUCCCAUCAAGAAAUGAGAGCGGUGCUCCGGAAGGCACAGACGUGGACGUGCUGUGGCUGGGUUCCCAGACCUGUACUGCAGGCUUUUGUUGUUGGUUGUGAGUGAUUUUUUCUUUAUGUUUUGGAUUUUUUUCCCUUAAAAUUAUUUUGUCCCUAAUAAUCCUUAAGAUGGAGCUGGACUGCUGAGCUGACUCAGUAGUGAGAGGGAACAAUAAAUAAUUUUUAAAUGAUAAAAAAAUACCCAGCAUCCUUCUUAAAGUGCAGAUGGGAUAAAAUUAUAGAUUUUUUUCAGGGGUAUUGCUCUUGUGUCUCUUGAACAGAUAGAAGCCAGUACCCUACGCAGUGUUGGAGUUAGCUCUGCCCAGCUUAACUACCAUUAUUGGCAAAGUAUCUAGGACUGGGUCCUCUUGGCUACAAAAUGAUAUUUUGUCAGUUUGUAUAGAAUUUGUCCUAACAUGGAAAAAAAUGUAGAGGCCAUAUUGAUGGUAACAUGGUGGGAGUUCACUGGAAUAGUCAGUGCAGUUUGGACUAGGGUUUAUCUUAACAUUUUUUUCAACAUCCCGGUUUCUUUCAACACAUGGUCCUGGGUAGUCUACUGUGAAUUAGAUACCAUGGAGUUGGUUUUCUUGUAGCAGUGACUGAGGAAGAUGGUGGCUCCACGGUAGCUCAGUCAGUAGGGGUCAGGAAUACCGUGUGUUAUGCACAGUUUGGGUUAGUUCUGCGUAACAAUUACCUUGAUAUUCUAGGCCUGAACAGAGACACAAAACUUUACUCCCAAUGUGAAUAUACUUUGCCAAAAUUAGUGAUGUAAUGGAUUGAAUUAAUAGAUAAGCUAACUCUUUCAAUAGAUGGUAAACGAUGAGUAUGGUCGAAUGAAAAUGCCACAUCAAGUGUUAUUUGGAAAAAACGAGUCAUCGAGUGAAGCUUCUAACUUUGGGGAGAAGUAUCUACAAAUCCCUACCCAUGGAGAGGAUCGCCUUCGGGGCCUGCGGUCCUGGAGCUGGUCUGUGAGCUGAAUGUGCAGGUGGACCCAUGGACGAAGUCAGGAGUCAGAGUGGGCCCUGCCGCUGCGUCACUGAGCUGCCUGGGUGACUUUGGAAGACACGAGUGUGGACUAGCCUCGGAGAAAAAGGCCGUCUCUUUUCUAAGUGCUUAAAUUGAGGGUAUAUAUAGAGAGAUAUUUUAUAGAUUCUUAUACAUAUGUUUGCAUAUGUGCAUAGUUUAUUCAUGCAUAUUUUUACGUGAAGGCUGGUCUCCCUCCACUAUUUUCUUAAAUAAAGAUAUUUUAUUGGACAAACAAAAACUAGGAGUUUAUUAUCAAAAAAUCCUCUGUAAGAAACUCUGAGGCAUUAUUUUUGGCACAAUAAAAAUAAUGAAAGCCAUAAAGGGGCAAAUAGCUGAGUGAUGUAGAGAAACACUGACUGUAGGGCUUCAAAAUAAAGCGCUGGCUAGCAGACAAGUCUUUAACUACUCUUCUCAUGAGCAUUUUCUGUAGCAUCAAGUGGUCUCUGAAAGUGUGAGCUUAGUGAUUUUAUUUCAUUUUAGAGUUGUGUCUUGGAGCACUGAGGUUGUUUUCUGUUAGUAGAAAUAAACUGACACGGGGUCUUUAUGUAUCUCCAAGUCAUUCCUUCUUUCUAGUUGAUCUCUCUGUUGGGCAUGGUGGCACAAACCUGUUUCGUUUGCAUUUGUGAGGGUAAGGCAGGAGAAUUUGAGAUCCAAGAGAGCCUGGGUUACAUAGUAAGACUUUAAUCUAAAAAAAAGAAAAGAAAAGAAAAGAAAGAAAGAAAGGAAAGAAAGAAAAAGGGCAGAAAUACAUCUGACUUAUAACAUAUAUUUUUAUAUUCAUUCAUGUUCCUAAGCCCACACAGGAGUGGUCUGUUUUAUUAGUCUAUUGAAAAUACAACUUCAUCAAUUUAAAAACCCUCUCUCAAGUCCUACCCUCUUCCUGUCUUCUCUCUCCCUUUUUAACAAGUCUCACUGUGCCUCAAGCUGACAGUCCCCCUGCUUGAGAGCUGGCGUUAUUAAGUAUGCUUUUGUAAUCUGACCAUAAAGUUUUGAAUAUUUCUUUCCUAAGGUUUGUAAUUUUUAGGCUGCGAGUGUAGCUUGGUGGUUAGAACACUUGCCUAAAAUGUCUGAGGCACUGGGUUUGAUUCUGUAGUAUAAAAAGGAAAGAAGAUUUUUGCCUCCUAGUGCAAAUAUCUUCAUUAUGCCUUUAAGUUAAUACAUAUAAUUCAACUCUUAUUUUUUUGCAUAUUCUGAUUCUAGCUUGAAAUUUUGCUACUUUUCCCUUUAUUAGUGAAAUAGAAAUCCUUCUUCAGUGUGUUUGUCACAGAUAGACAGGGAUGAGACGUUCAUCUUACAGAGGUGUGUGUUCAUAGUAAAGUGUACGAGAUCUGUCCUUACUGAAGAUUUGGGGACUGGUGAACUAAGGAAGUAAUCAGUGGGAGCCUUGCCAUCCCAUCUUUCUCUUUCUUCUUUUUUCCUUUGAGAUGGGGUCUUAUGUAUCCCAGACUAACCUCGAACUUGCUAUGUAGCCAAGGAUGACCUUGAGCUUCUGAUGUUUCUGCUUCCACCUUCAGAAUGCUGGGGUAACAGUCAGAUGCCAUCAUACCAGGCUUGUGUGGUACUCGGGAUCGAACCCAGGACUUUGUGUCUGUAAAGCAAAUACUCUACCAACUGAGCUACAUCCCAAAGCCCAAAUACAUGGAGUUUUUGUUUAUUUUGGUUUUUUUUAGGAGAAUAUUAAAAGAAAGCACUGGUUGUGACUUUGAAUAUUCUCUCUUGACAGAGAAGAACUAAGUUUAAGGAGGUACUAUGGGUUUAUAGUGUGUGAUUUUUCUUCUCUUCCUUCAGUGUACAAAAAUUAAAAAUAACUAUUUAAGGAUAUCAUGUUUUAAAAAGCAAGAAAAGUGUCUGCAAAUAUAGCUUGGGUAGAAAGUGGUUAGUCUGAACAGGGUAUUGGGUUUGAUCCCCAGUGCCCCCACUUGACCCCCUCCCUGCAGAAAAACAAGGGGGUGGAGGAGGGAAUAUAAAUGGUUAAAAGUGAAUUCAAAGUAUAAGGAUUAUGAAAAUGUAAUAAAUACACUGUUUGUAUAAUUAGUAUGUGCUAAUAACUUUCCUAAGUGGAGAAAGCCACAGGAAGUCUGGGGAGCAAAGACCACUUUUGUUGGUGACUUUUUAGUCACCGAUACGAAAGAUGUUCUGGCUGUUUGUAUGUAUAUAUCCAUUUAGUAUAGUAUUGAAUCACAGCACCCAUAGAGAUAAACCACUUCUCUGAAUAAUUAGCCGUCCCCACACGGGCACUCCAGAGCUGACAGUUCAGCUCCAGUCUUUGUAAUGUUCCUGUUUGUCAUCUGUACUGUAGCUGGAGGAGUGGUUUUUCCCCCAAAAUGUAAAGUUUUGUCAUCUUUCCCUAACGUGAAACUUUGUAGUGGUCCGGCUUCACUCCUCUCUCUCUAACUUAAUCUCACUUCUCAGUGCUACUCAAGUUUGCAACCCCAGCCAUGUGGGCCUCCUCUCCAUCCUCUCCCAAGGCUUCCUGGUGUUCCAGAGACUUCCUGUGGCCUGCUUCCUUCACCUGAAAUGUCGUUGCCGACCCCAAAUCAACCUAGUGAACCUGCAGGUCACAGCUCUGCAGCCUCAUGGACUUGGCCUGCCCAGCUCCCACUAGGUAGUGUGUGUGUUUUUCCCAGCCCCUACACCCAUCUUCCCACACUUGUCACUCACAGCUUCGCUUCGCCUCUGUACGUGAUGUUUCUCUCACACCAGCUCUGUAAGCCACACAAGGGCAGAGCUAUGUCUGCUACUGUUCCCCUUUAUGACUGACUAACUCAGUGCCUAGAACAUCAAAGGCACUCAAUAAAUAGUGUUGACUGGAUCAAA